AUGCAGUUAAGGUCAGAAAGUUAUGAAGACUCUGAGUCUUUUGACCAAAUAUAAUAUGAGCUUUUUAAUGCCGUUGCAAAUAAUGAACUAAGAAGAUUAAAAUAAAUAUUUAAAGACUUCACAUGUUUGAAUUUAAUCGAGAUUGCUAACAAUCAGAAAAUGGAAAAUUUAUUGCAUGUAGCUUGCUAACAUUCCAGCAUGACUGUAAUUGAAAUGAUUGUAGAAUAUUUUGAAAAAUCUCCUCACAGCUAAAUGUUAAAACACUUUAUUAACAUGAGAAAUUAUGAAGGAUAUACUUGCAUUCAUUUAGCAUCAUAUACUGGAAAAUUACAAGCUGUUGAAUAUUUACAUGGAAAAGGAGCAAACUUGCACCUAUCAAAUGUUGCUGGCUUGACUGCGAUGCAUACAGCUGCGUAAGGAGACUCUAUUAAUGUUAUGUGCUAUCUAAAAAUUAAUGGUUUGUCCAUUGACGAAAAAGAUUAAAAUGGGAGAACACCCAUUCACUGGGCUGCAUUUUAAAGCGCCACUAAUGCUGUUUCUUUUCUUCUUGCAUGGGGAGCUGAAUUUAACAUUUAAGAUUAUGAUAACAUGAUGACGCCUCUUCACUAUGCAGUCAUAGAUGGGUGUAUUCAAAUUGUAAGAAAGCUUUUACAUGCAGGUGCUGACAAAAACAUCAAAGAUUUUGAAAAUUUAACUGCAUACGAUCAUGCUAUCUAAAAGAAAAGAGAAAUAAUAGGAUAAAUUUUGAGCUCAAAACCUGGCUUAGCAGAAACUUGCAAUCUACAAAUCCCUUUCGAAAAACUAAGAAGAAAGAAAAGAUUACUUGUCUUAUUUUUAUCUCUUUACAUCUCUACAUUUGUUGGGUCUCUCUUAUUUGUGAUUCCUUAUGUGGCUAGCGUUGAGCUAUUUUGUGCAUUUAUUACUAUUUCAGUAAUAACAAUUUUGUUAUUCUUUGGGGCUUGGUUAGGAAAUCCAGGUUAUUUAGAGCAUAAAGGCAAAUGUGAUGAACAUUUAUUUUCUCUUCUUAAAUAAGUUUCAGAUCCAUCACAAAUAUGUGCUAAAUGUUAAAUCAUUUAACCUAAGAGAUCGAAACAUUGUGAUAUCUGCAACAAGUGUGUUAAAGUCUACGAUCAUCAUUGUCCUUGGAUUAAUAACUGCGUUGGAUCAAAUAACUAUAAAUAUUUCUACCUAUUUGUCUUAUCGAUAUUUAUCUAACUCAUUUUCUAAUUAAUUUUCCAUGGAAUUUAUUUCUCCUCAACUGAGCCUGUUGAAUAGUAUUUCUUAACAAUUAUCGAAGAUAGAUAAGCUUUGGAGAUUUUGCACUUGAUAACUUCAAUUUAUUGCACUGCUAUGUGCUCAAUCUUCUUAAUCUGUGUUGGAAUUUUAUUGUGUGUACAAACAUCAAAUUUACUAUCUGGAAUAACAACAAGUGAGAAAUACGGAUAUAAGCCUAAGAAAACCUAUCAAAAACAAAUUGAAAUAAAUUCUGAGGAAGAAAGAUUCUAUGCAAAUAGUUCAAGUAUAACUGACUCAAUAUCUACUACAGUAGAUCAUGAAUAGUCCUUACUCUAAGGUUACUCAGAUAACCAAAAAGAAGGAGUGUUUACAAAUAUGGUUGAUAUGUGCUUUAGAAAUAAUAAAAAUCCUUCUUACGAUCUUCAAAUCUGA